UUUGUCGAGGGAUGUGAUGGUUUUUUCUGCAACAGAAGGAUAGAGAGCACCCAUACCAAGUUCUGUUUCGUAUCUCGCUGUGUCUGGAAAUCUCUCCGUCUCUCUCGUCGAUCGCUCCCCAACCAAUAGAUACACAAUCCCACCCGUCAAAACCCUAAUUUUCACUUUCUACAGCACGUCACUUUAUUUUUCUCUUUUCUUUCCGAUCUACGGAACCGUAAAGUUUUGCAGCUUCUAGAUUAAACCGAAACCCUAGAGUUUGCUUUUUAUCUAUGCUUUUCCGGAGCUGAUGGGAUCGAAAUUCGAGAAUAUUUUGUGACGAUUUCGGGAUUCAUUUCCUAUAAUAUGUGAGAUUCGGGUUCUGGUUUGUGAGAAGGCUGAUUUUCUGUUGAUAUAUCUGUUGUUUGGGCUUGAAUUUGCGGGAAUAGGGUUGUGGAAGGUCGCUGGGAAUUGAAAAAAACUUAGAAAACGGGUAUUUUUCGAUGGUUUCGGAAUUUUCGCUUUCGAUGGGGAUUCUUUGUAGAUUGAGCUAGAUCGUAUAAAGGAAAAAGCCAGCUUGUGGAGUUGGCACUUCAGGGUUUUCUAUUAUUUCAUUUUGUUUGGGUUGAGAUUUGGCUCGGAAAUGCCGGAGUAGCCGAUCGAUGAGCAGGAGCUUGCGAUUCCCUUGCACUAAAUUGUAGGGUUUUGUAGUGUAGCUUCUUGAGUAGGAGUUGGAUUGUCCUUGAGUGGAUAUAGUUGUCGAAAAAUUUAAGUAUGUCGAAGUGUUUUUAGUUAUUCAGAUGGUGAUAUGAUUUCGGGGGAUUCCUUAAGGGCAAGGGUUUGUUAAUAGUUGGUGAGGAGUCGGUAUUGGUAUCCGUGGUUGAGACCGCACGGUUUUUUGUUGUUGUCAUAAUAUUGUUUGUGUCAAACUUUGCAGAAUGAGCUUAGAGAACGAAGACCAUAUAUUGGAUCAUCCAGUUGAAACGAAUCAUGAAACGCAAAAGAAGUUGAAAAUUUCAUAUUCAAGGGAGUUUCUAUUGUCAUUAAGCGAAUUGGAGGUUUGCCAAAAGUUGCCUGGUGGGUUUGAUCAAUCAAUUCUAAGUGACUUUGAGGAUUCUUUCCAAGACCGGCAAAGAAUCUCUGGUGGCUUGUCAUCGCAUAGUUACAAGCGUAAUGAAUAUGGUUCAUCCCCACCUACCAGAGGGGAUUUUAGUAGUUAUUCACGGGGUGUCCAUGGAAGAUGGGAAGGUCGCGCAUCUGUGCGAAGCGAUAAAGAUAGUGAUUUGCAACCUGACUUGGAGUCAGAUACAGGUAGGCAGUAUGGGAACCAAUCUCGGCGAUCGUGGCAAGUUCCUGAACAUGAUGGACUUCUUGGUAGUGGUUCUUUCCCAAGACCAUCUGGACUUGCUGCCGGAGUUUCGGCUUCAAAGUUUCGAGCUAAUGAUCACUACCAUCUCAAUAAGAGCACCGAGCCCUAUCAUCCUCCGCGGCCUUAUAAGGCAGCACCUUAUUCACGAACCCAUGACUCCUUCAAUGAUGAAACAUUUGGUUCUUCUGAGCACACAAGUGAGGACAGAGCAGAAGAGGAAAGAAAGAGAAGAGCAUCCUUUGAAUUAAUGAGGAAGGAGCAGCAGAAAGCAUUUCAAGACAAGCAGAACUUAAAUCCUGACAAGCGUAAAGAUGAGUUUGACAUCACCACACUGCUAGAGGACUCCAAGGAUGAGAAAAACCUUUUGAAUAGAAGCAAGGAGUCUGAUGACCCUGUGAUACUAAAAGCUUCACUCAAUGAUCCUGAAAAAUCUUUGCUUCCCCCUCAAACUCCUGCAUCCAGACCACUUGUACCACCAGGUUUUAAAAGCACAGUUUUGGAAAGGAAUUCUGGACCUAAGUCCAUGAUUCAUCCUCAGACAGCAGAGGUUGUGAAUCCUGAACUUGAGAAUAGCCUUUCACAUUCCAAAGUUAACCUUGUAUUAAAUGGGACUUCUGAUAAUAAAGUGGAGAAACAGCUGACAGAACAAACGGGUUUCUCCGCACUGCAACUUGGAAGUACUAGUAAUAAAGUUUCCAUACAUAACAAGAGUGACAAGAAUCUGAAAGCACCAUCCAGUAGCAUGAUGGAUGUAGAUAGUCAGUUGCAUAAGAUUUUGUAUUUUUCAGAAGCCUUUGAAGCUUCAGAAAAUAGUGAAGUUAAUAAGCUUAGUGGUGAGAAGGUGACAGGGAAUAAAAUAGUUGGUGAAUCCAAUCAUGAUCAUUCAACUUCAAUCCUAGAUAAGCUUUUUGGUUCUGCUUUAACAUCAAGUGUUGAUGGGUCCUCUAGUUUCAUUGAGCAUCCUGUUAGUACAGGAGAAGAGAUGGGUGAUAGGAUGGUAGAGGAGACAAGGAGCUCUCAUGCUACUCAAUCUUCCAAGUUUGCCCGUUGGUUUCUUGAAGAAGAAAAGAAACCAAUGCAUGAUCUCUCCAGCAUGCCGAAUGACUUGCUCUCAUUGAUUGUUGGUGGGGAUAAAGGUGGAUCCCAGGUUUCUGAUGUGAAGAAUACUGAGCACAUUUUACCUAAUAUUCCAUUUGAAAGAUCUGAACCAGCAGAGGAGCAUAAAACAUCAAAUGUAACAGCUGAUAUAGUUGAAAAUUCUGAGCAAUUUUACAAGAACAAUAAACCACAGGCACUUCCAGCUGUCCUUACUUGUGAAGACCUUGAACAGUCAAUGUUGUCAGAAAUUAGUGAAAAUGGCUCAACUUUGCAGCCGCCUGUCCACGUCUCAAGCAUUCCCGAUCCAAAGACCGAGCUGCCAAAAGUUAAUAUUGACGACCAUGCUUCUCAUCACCUCCUUUCAUUGUUACUGAAAGACGGUGUGCCAUCCUCCAACCUAGACAUCCAAUGGUCAGAGAAACUACAGACCAAUGAGGAAACAAGUUUUGUCUCUGCAGCUCAGACAAAAGAGGUAAAUGCCGAGCAUUCUUCCAACUUAGGGCAGACACUGACACUUGAAACACUUUUUGGGACUGCUUUUAUGAAGGAGCUGCAAUCAGUUGGAGCACCAGUUUCUGUCCAAAGAGGCUCACUUAGGCCUGCAAGAGUUGAUAAAUCAGAUCCUCAUCAGUUUCCUUUUUCUGUCAUGGAUGAUGCACUUGUUCUUACUAAUGAUAUUGUCCCCAAUAAAGCUGGUUAUGAAAGCAGUCUUUUGACCUCCAAGCAAAGACUGCAAACUAAACCUGCAAAUAUUGAGCAGCAAUGGUUAGGUUUUGAUGAUCCUCAAACUGAACUGGAUUCAUCGCAGCUUCGAACUGGAUUAAACUCUAAGCUUGGUGGCUUUGAUGGGCCUGUUGAUAUUCGGCUUCCUGAAGAGGAUAGCUUGAUUACAGUUAAUGAUGCUUUGAACCUUCGGAAUUAUGCAUCUGUGAAGACUGCAGCUAGAGCUGAAGUGUUGUUACCUUCCCCAAACACCCAAGUUGACAUUGCUGAGAAACUAGCAGCUCUAAAAUCUGUCUUCAAAGAUGAACGAUCUUUCAUGGGAGGUCAAGAAGGUCCACCUCGUUUUCGUGGUGCUUAUGAUGUGAGGGAGCCUGAUUUUCCCUAUCAGAAUCUUAGUGUCCAACCAUCUUCCCCACAAUUUCACCCCCCUCGUGCAAAUCAUGUAGGGCCAUUCUCCCAUCCAUUAGAUUCUCACCCUGCUAACGUUAAUCCUCAGAUGAAAUUUAUGACACCAGAAGGAAUCAUCCAUCAUGAUUCUCCGCCAAAUCAUCAAUUUCCUGCAAAUAUGCUUCAUCCUCAUUUUCAUCACCCCAGCACUGGAUUGACUGGUUUUGAUCCUCCCAAUCAUCACCCUAUGUUGCAACAGAUGCAUAUGUCAGGCAACUUUCCUCCUCACCUGCUUCAAGGAUUUCCCAGGAGUACACCAAUGUCAGCUCAGCCAAGCAGGGGUGCACCUUUGCCUUCUCAUGCCAAUAAUCAGAUGACUGGCUUUAUGCCUGAAGUCAAUCCAUUGCAACCUUUUCCUUUUGGUCACCGGCAACCCAACUUUGCUGGUCUUGGAAUGCCACCACCGGCUCCUGAAAUUGGUGGUGGUAGUAAUAAUCCUGAGGCAAUCCAAAGGCUUCUCGAGCUGGAACUCAGGUCAAAUUCAAAGAAGAUUCAGCCUUUUGCCACUGGUGGGCAUGGUCAGGGGAUGUAUGGUCAUGAAGUGGACAUGGGUUUUAGGUACAGAUAGUGAUUGCUGAUUGUGCUCGUGUAUAUGGCCUUGUAUUCAAUGUCUCUUCCUCAGAUCUGCAAGUCCUUGCAUCACUGAUGGGAUGGGAUUAUUGCUCUUUCAAAGGGGAAUUUGGUGGCUUAGUGUAAUUAAUGGGAUUUUCUUGCAACUUGCACUUGGUAGAGUUAUUUUAGCUUAAUCACAUCUUAUUCACCUGUGGCUUUGUGUCCUCUAUGGGUUGGUCUUUAGUUUUUGAAGUUCUUAAAUCCAUCUGAAAUCACGUAUCUUGAUAUUUAACUU